GAAACCUCUGGGAGUCUGAGAAGCUGGGACGGAGCUAGUCUCCAUCUUUGCCUUCUCUCGCCUGCAACUCCCCCUAUCUAGAAAAUCAUUCUUUCAGUCAUCAGGUUAUUAUGAGGCUUCGGUUCAUGCUUGUCUAAAAUACCGAAAUGGUUCUAAAUGGAGCUGCUCCCCCAAGAGGAAGUGCAGCUGCUGCUGCUAGCCUGCGUAGGAGGAGGACAACUAGUGUUGGGGCUGCAGGAGGAGCAAGUGGGAAUAUGCUGCAGUUUUACACUGAUGAUGCCCCGGGACUCAAGAUUUCCCCCAAUGUCGUUCUUGUCAUGAGUAUUGGUUUCAUAGCCUUUGUUGCUAUUCUCCAUGUCAUGGGUAAGCUGUACUUUGUGCAAAGAGAGGCUUAAAAUGGUGCAGCAAUGGAAGUCUCAGUUCAGAGUCAAUUUUGAAUGAAUUAUUACUUAAUAGCCAUGAAACACAUUGAAGUCAGCAAGGCUUCGUUGCCGUUCACCUUGUUUGCCACAACUCUCCUGGUAUCACAUCCUUCCAACAUAAAUGAAAUCCCUAGAAUCCCAAUUGGUACCUGAAAUUUGCACUAUGAACCUCUGAAAAACACAAAAUGGAAGGUAUAUUGGUGCUUAUAAAUCGUAUACAUGUCUUUCUUUUUAAAUAAUUGUUAUCAGAAUGCCUGUUGUUCUUUCUUGUAAUUUUUUUAUUCUAUGUAUUGUUUAUUUGAUAUGGUUUUAUGGAGGUCAUGAGUUUGCAAUUUUCUUGUCUUUUCAAUUUAAUCUCUUUAAUGCACUUUAUUUCAUUAAUUAAUGAGUUAUUUUGUCGUCUUAAAGCUCAACUAAAAUCUGUUUUGGGAUUCCUCUGUUUGGUUUCCAAGAAAAGAAACACUUGUUGAGUUUUGAAUCUUAAGUUCUAAAUUGUUUUUGGUUUCCAAAAAUUUUAGAAACUUGUCAUAACCAAGCCAAAUAGUUGUAACAUAGUUGAGUGGAAAUUUCUUUUUUCCUGGUCCCAACUAGUCAAAAUUUUAAAAUGUACUUUUAAGGAAAAUUUGUUUGAAUUGAAAAACCAAGAGCAGCUAAGAAAGGAACCCUUUUUGGUUAAAUUAUUGCUUGUUAUAUUCGAGCUAUACCAAGUUUUUGACAUUAUCUGGGAAAAUAAUCACAGGUUCCCUUCCCAUCCACCCCCUCUUUUUCUAUUUUUAUCAAUUUAUAUGUGCUUGUUUAUAUUGAAAUAUUGAAAUUUGAUGGGUUCUUUGUGACUGUUUAUUCAAGGUUGCCCAUCUCAGUUAACCACUAUGAUUUACAUAGCAAUUGGCACAUUCUACCUAAUCGAUGAGCAACUAAAGAACUCACCUUCCAGGAAAGAUGAUAUAGAUGUAGGGAUGGCAGUUUUGCGGGCUAUCAGAGUAACUUGCCUCACCCCUCCCCUAUUGGGACGGGUAUGAGCAGGUGAUAAUCAGGGAUGAGAUGGGUUUAGGAAAAUUUUCAAAACUUGAAUAGGUUGGGAUGGGUUUUGUACCAACCCGUCCUGCCCCGCCCAGUUACAAAUUUAGUCUUUAAAUUUUAUAACAUACCAAACAACUUCCUAUAAAUAGUUUCUCUAUUCAUUGCCCUAGAUCAACCAUUGCUCUCCUUUCAUCUCUGCAUACUGCCCCUUUCUACUUCAACCUUCAGAAAUCCAUCUUCAAGGAUGAAUCCAAGAAAAACAUUAAAAUUGAGAAAUGUUUGUGGAGAAACCCUUUUCUCCCCUUCAAAUAGAAGUGGAAUCACAACGAUGAUUGGCUCCAUUGUGAUAGUGACAACUUCGACAUUCAUCAAAUGCCAAAGCCUUCAGCCUCCAUUUCAAGCCCUCUCAUCUUUUAAAGGUGUUUUGAUUUGGUUUUCAACCCUAGUUAUAUUUUAGGGUUUUGUCCGGUUGGAUUGCGUAAAAAUAUUUGAUUUUUUUUUGGAAAUUUUGGAUCUUUUUUCCUUUCUAAUUUGAGUUUUGGUUUGAUAAUCAACUUGCAUCCCAUGUUGCUCCAAGUGUGAAUCAAUCUGUCUUAGACCCAUUCAUUUUUUUUUCCAAUAUUUUCUUUCUGAAAGCCAUUGCGAUCUCUUUAAAUUUUUGUGGUGUUUUUUUUCUUUUUUUAGAAAAGUGUAUAGGCAUGAAAAUUGUUAAUUUGUUCAUUGGGGAUUUUGUGGAUUGAUGUAAUGUUGUUGGUUUUGGGAAAAUCAUCCUCCCCACCCAAACAAAAAUGCAUAUCUGGGUUGAGACAUACAGGGACGGGUUUACCAUUUUUUCUGUAAAUGGGGAUGGGUACUCAUUGACAUGCCUCGACUCGGUUUGGGAUGGGAAUGGAGAAAGAUUAUAUAAUUGGGACGAGAAUGGGAUAGGGGUGCCCCGUCCCAAACUCGCCCCAUUGCCAUCCCUAUAUAAAUGAAGCAACCGAAACAACCCUUAGAAUUUAUGGUUGCGUUCUCAUCCAAGAAAGAGGCAUUUUACUGAGACUGUAUGUUGUUAUAUUAUUCUUGUUAUUUUUUAAUAAAAAUGUAGUUGGUACAUGCAAUUCUUUUAUCUCCUAUUUUUCAUUUGUUUACCUUAAUCUUAUCAUGUUAGACCUCAAGCAGUAAUGGCCAUUAGCCAGGUUUUGUUCCAUCACUUCUACUGCAAGAAGUCAUUUGCCCAUUUCAAUGUGAAGAGAGUUGCUGCCAGUUGUAUUUAGCUAGCAUCAAAACUGGAGGAAAGCCCUAGAAAAGCAAGGCAAGUCCUCAUUGUUUUCAACAGAAUGGAAUGCAGGAGGGAGAACUUACCCAUUGUGCACUUGGACCCAUUUUCUAAGAACUGAAAGACACAUUUUGAAAGAGAUGGGUUUUAUUUGUCAUGUGGAGCAUCCUCAUAAAUACAUGUCAAACUACCUUGCCACCCUCAAAACUCCUCCAGAAUUGAGGCAAGAAGCUUGGAAUCUUGCAAAUGAUAGGUACAUUCACAACAGAGUAUAGAAAUAACAAAUAUGUGUUUGGAUUCAUUCAUGUAAAUAGUUCAUUUGUAUGUACUGCUAUUUUGUGAUUCUGGGAUUUGAGUUCCAUUUUUAACGAGGCAAAUAGAGAAUUUUAUUAAAA